GCCCAGGGAUUGUUGCGGCUGUCGAGGCGUCAGACGCCGGAGCCUCCGCUGUCGUUCUCGGUGUAGCGUCCGGCCGUCCCCGCCGCCGCCGCCAUGAGCUACACAGGCUUUGUCCAGGGAUCUGAAACUACUUUGCAGUCAACAUACUCAGACACCAGUGCUCAGCCCACCUGUGAUUAUGGAUAUGGAACUUGGAACUCUGGGACAGACAGAGGCUACGAGAGCUAUGGCUAUGGCUACGGCUAUGGCCAGGAUAGCGCCACCAACUAUGGGUAUGGUAUGGCCACGUCCCACUCCUGGGAAGUGUCCGGCUCUGACACAAAUGCCAACCCCGGUGCCUCGGGUGGCGCCAGUGCCGAUUCCGUUUUAUCCAGAAUUAACCAGCGCUUAGAUGUGGUGCCGCACUUGGAGACUGACGUGAUGCAAGGAAGCAUGUACGGCUCUGGUGGGGAAAGAUAUGACUCCUAUGAGGCCUGUGACACGAGGGCCGUCCUGGGUGAGCGCGACCUCUACCGGUCGGGCUAUGACUAUGGCGACCUCGACCCUGAGAUGGAAAUGGCCUAUGAGGGCCAGUAUGACGCCUACCGCGACCAGUUCCGCAUGCGUGGCGGCGACUCCUUCGGUCCGAGGGCUCAGGGCUGGGCCCGGGAUGCCCGGAGCGGCCGGCCGAUGGCCUCGGGCUAUGGGCGCAUGUGGGAAGACCCCAUGGGGGCCCGGGGCCAGUGCAUGCCAGGUGCCUCCCGGCUGCCCUCCCUCUUCUCCCAGAACAUCAUCCCCGAGUACGGCAUGUUCCAGGGCAUGCGCGGCGGGGGCGCCUUCCCGGGCGGCGCCCGCUUUGGCUUUGGCUUUGGCAAUGGCAUGAAGCAGAUGAGGCGGACCUGGAAGACCUGGACCACGGCCGACUUCCGGACGAAAAAGAAGAAGCGAAAGCAGGGUGGCAGUCCUGAGGAGCCGGACAGCAAGGCCACCAGGACGGACUGCUCCGACAACAGCGAUUCGGAGAACGACGAGGGCACCGAGGGGGAGGCCGCUGAGGGCACGGAAGGCACUGAACCCAUGGAGAAAAGCUCUCGAGAAGGAGAGGACGAGGAGGGAAAAGAGGAUGGGAGAGAAGAUGGCAAGGAUGAUUCAGAGAAGGGAGCCCUGACCAGCCAGGAUGAGAGCAGCCAGGCCAAGCGCAAGCUACAGGCUGCCAAGAAGAGCCAGGACAAGCAGAAGAAGCGGCAGCGUGACCGCAUGGUGGAAAGGAUCCAGUUCGUGUGCUCUCUUUGCAAAUACCGGACCUUCUACGAGGAUGAGAUGGCCAGCCACCUGGACAGCAAGUUCCACAAGGAGCACUUUAAGUAUGUGGGCACCAAGCUGCCCAAGCAGACGGCCGACUUCCUGCAGGAGUACGUCACCAACAAAACCAAGAAGACAGAGGAGCUCCGAAAAACCGUGGAGGAUCUUGAUGGUCUGAUCCAACAGAUCUAUCGGGACCAGGACCUGACCCAAGAGAUCGCCAUGGAGCACUUUGUGAGGAAAGUGGAGGCCGCCCACUGUGCGGCCUGCGAUCUCUUCAUCCCCAUGCAGUUCGGGAUCAUCCAGAAGCACCUCAAGACCAUGGAUCACAACCGGAACCGCAGGCUCAUGAUGGAGCAGUCCAAGAAGUCCUCGCUCAUGGUGGCGCGCAGCAUCCUCAACAACAAGCUCAUCAGCAAGAAGCUGGAGCGCUAUCUCAAGGGCGAGAACCCCUUCACCGACAGCCCGGAGGAGGAGAAGGAGCAGGACGAGGCCGAGGGCGGCGCCCUGGACGAGGGGGCUCCCGGCGACGCCUGCGCGGCCGCGGCGGGGGCGGAGGGCCUGCCGGCGCCGCCCCCGGUGCCCCCGGAGCCGGCCCCGGGCGCCGCGUCCCCGCCGCCGCCGCCGCCGCCGCCCCCCGAGGAGGAGGAGGAGGGCGCUGUGCCCCUGCUGGGCGGGGCGCUGCAGCGCCAGAUCCGCGGCAUCCCGGGUCUCGACGUGGAAGACGACGAGGAGGGUGGCGGGGGCGCCCCGUAACCCGGACCCCGGGCGGCCGAGGCCGGAAGCCGAGCCUAAUAAAGUUCUCCCGCCCCA